AUGGGAAUUUCUUCAAUUAUUAUUAUCCUAUUUAUUAUUGUAUUAUUAAAAAAGUUAAUUAAAAAGGAAGAUAGAAUUCACAGAAUAAAUAAAAAUAUUCCAGGACCAAAAAGUAAAUUAUUGGUUGGUAAUUUAUUUGAUUUAAAAGGACAAGUACAUGAAAAAUUAAAGGAAUGGUAUGAACAAUAUGGAAGUGUUUAUCGUAUUGAAUUUGGUAGUGUUAGUACAGUAGUGUUAACAGAAUAUGCAACAUUAAAAGAGGCAUUCGUUGAUAAUGGCGAAAUAUUUCAAUCAAGAUUUCAAAGAAAAAGUAGAACUACAUGUAAUAAAGGUUUAAACCUUGCAAAUUCCAAUGGUGAAUAUUUUAAUCAUUUAAAAAAAACUUUAUCAAAUGAAAUUACAAAUCAAAAAAUGAAAAAAAAUGAAAAAAUAAUUAAAAUUCAAGUAGGAUUAUUAUCAGAGUUUUUCAAUGAAAUUAGUGGUGGUGGUGGUGGCGGUAGUGGUGGUAGUGGAAUUUCAAAAGAACCAAUUAACAAUAUCAUUAAAAUGUAUUCAUUAAAUGUUAUGCUAUCAUUAUUAUUUAAUAUUCAUUUCCCAUAUAAUAAUAAUAGUUAUCAAGAUGAAUUAAUGUCAACGAUUACUCGUUAUUUUAAGAGUACAGGAUUACCAUAUCCAAGUGAUUUCAUACCAAUUCUAUAUCCAUUUUUAAAAAAUAAACCAAAAGAAUAUUUUGAAGAUUAUGAAUCUGUAAAAAAAUUAAUUACAAGAAUUACAAAUGAAUAUCAAUUAAAACAUAUGACUGAAAUUUCAAAUAAAUCAACAAUUGAAGAAAUUGAAAAUUAUCAACCAACGAAUAUUUUAGAAUCUUUAUUAAAACAAUAUAGAUUAAAUAAAAUUCCAUAUGAUGGUGUAAUUGGAUGUUUAAUGGAUUUAAUAUUAGCAGGUUCUGAUACAACUGGUAAUACUUGUUUAUUUUCAUUGGUUGCAUUAGUAAACAAUUCAAAUAUUCAAGAGAAAUUAUUUAAUGAAAUUUCAAAUGCUUUUAAUGAUGAUGAUGGUGAUGAAUUAAAUGGUGCAAAUGAUAUUUCGAAUUCACUUUUAAAAUUAUCAUAUUUUUCAGAUAGAAUUAAAACUCCAUAUUUAGUUGCAUUUAUUAAAGAAGUGAAACGUUAUUAUCCAUGUGCACCAUUAUCUGUACCACAUUUAUUAACUGAAGAUUGUGAAAUUCAAGGAUAUAAAAUUGCAAAGGGUACACAAGUAAUUCAAAAUAUUUAUUCAACUCAUUUAUCUCAAUCAUUUUGUUCAAAUCCAUUAGAGUUUUCACCUGAACGUUUUUUAGAUUCAACAAAUGAACCAAAAAUUAUAACAUUUGGAAUUGGUCAAAGAAAAUGUCCAGGUGAAAAUAUUUUUGAAAUUGAAAUUUAUAUUUUCCUUGUUUAUCUUAUAAAGAAAUUUAAAUUCUCUCAUCCAAUUGAUGAUAAUCUUCAAUUAAAUGAUAGAGGUCAAUUUGGUCUUUCUUUACAAUGUCCACAAUUAAAUAUUAAAGUUGAAUCAAGAUAA